AUGGGAAGUCUUUUCGCAGAUUCUGAGACGAAUCCUAGAAGACCUUCACGCCCCCGUCCGGGGUCGAGUGCUACACUUCGCCAAAAAGCGGUGCCUUCCAAUUUUGAACCAAAAUUCUUUUCAGCAGCACCACUUUCGGUAACCCAAGACCAUACCUCGUUAGAACGCGACAUCUCUCAAAGCCCGGAAGUUCUAGCUUCGUUAAGUUCUAACGACACAAACACACGAGUACAAGCAGCCGCGCACCACCAUGAAGGAAGAGAAACAGCCAACUCGUUCUCCAUUCUGCCAAAAGCUGGAAAUUCCAUCAGCAUUGAACCAUGGGAUGAAACUCUGCCAUCAGCAGUAGCGGGCGACGCGAAUCUGCCCAUAUUUGAGGCUGAUAAUCUCAAUCCUCAACUCUCGGCGGAUUUGCUCUCUGAAAACGAAGAUUUGAUGUUUGCGGACUUUCCGGAAGCCGAUAUUCUGGAACAAUAUCUGAACUACACUGAUGUGUUCGAUCCUUCCCUGACAGAGCUCUUGGAUGUCGAAGUUACCUCUGACCUAUCCUCAAAGGCCCAAGAUUUUGUUCAUGACGAGGCUUAUGUGUUCAAGUCACCCUUGGCUUGGGUAGCAGACUGGUCUGUCGAAAACCUCAGAAACGACCGCAAAUAUGCUGAGGUGGUCGAACAAAGAGUUUUCAAUUUGCCACGAACUUCGGAGAUUGCCUCUUUGGUGCGGCUCUACUUUACUCAUGCGCAUCACCGCUUCCCACUUCUGAGCGAGCAUUAUUUUUACCUUUUAACGGAUCAGCGCCACAGUAAGGGCUCAGGUAGAUUCUUGGAGCCUAUAAGCCUGGCACUCUUGUACGCCAUGAUGUUUUUUGCAUGCUCGUAUCUGAGAACGGAAAGCACGGACCCUUCGCUCAUUCGGGCUAUACGGUCAAUGAGGAGUGAAUACUACUCCAGAGCCGCCACGUUGUUCAAGCUAGGUUGUGAAAGCGACAACCUCAGGCAAGUACAGAUUUGUCUCUUGCUGAGUACGUACCGCAACUACCCUGGCCAAUUCUACGAGAACGAACGCUGGCUCAUCAAAGCCUACCGAAUACUCCAAGAGGCCGGUGUACUGCCGUCACAGAACCCAGAUCGAAGGUUCAUUGAUCAAUCGGACUGGAAGCGUGUAUGUGCAUGUUGGUUCCAAAGAUUCUCCAACUCUCAGAUCGGACUGAAAUGGAGCCACAGCCCAGAUUUAAUGGAAGCUUCCAGCUUUCCUUGGCACCAAAUCUCUCUCGCAGACUUCCAAGAAGAUUUCAGUUUCUCGUGGCAUCUGAGCGCCAAUAUCAAGCAGCAGCUUCUGAAGAUCUUUGUGGAGCGCAUCAACCUGCACGUCCACUUCUGUCAACUCGACAAAAUCUUGUGGAAACGCACUGCAUCUGAGAUGAUUACCAUUGGAGAGUCUACUACUGCUGCACUAACUCAGCAGUGUGACGCUCUUCCCGCGGAAGAGAUCGAGGUUCGUUUGCAGAAAUGGAAGCGUGACCACGAGCCUCUGCUGUCCAUGGCAGCACCCGCCGACGCUACGUGUCUUGAGAAGCGCCUUCUUCAGGCUGAGAAGGUUCUCACACAGUUGACCUAUGAAUACGCCAUGUCUUGUCUUUACCAGAACACGCUCUUCAUUGACAGGCCUGUCAUUACCAAAUGGGCGGCGGCAAUGCUUCGCUCAUCUCGGGCUGCCUUGUGGAACUCUAUGGAUUCGCUUCUGCGAACUUUGAAGGAAGCAUUGGAUGAAAAACUGAUAUUACUACUACCAUUGAACAUGUAUGUCCACUGUUUUGGCCAUUUCUACUCCAUGAUUGCAAAAGAUUAUGCUAAGCCACUGGUAUCCAGGUUACUCGUCGUUUUUGUGCCCCUGACCAUCUACUCGCUCUACCUGCAGAGGGUCCGAGUUUUUGACGCUCUUGCAAUUGAAAAUCUCGCCCUUUGCUCUAAGAUUGCCAAGAUCAUGAUCGAUCUGCAUGCCGGUGCUGACUUCUACUCCACAACACUAAGUAAUACACUUGUCCUCGCCGAGAAGUACAGGGCUACGUCAAGUUCCAAUGAGUCUGAAGGUAUGGCAGUCGAGUCAGAUUUUGCCAGUUCGCCCGUACAAGCAGAGGCGGAAAAGAUCCUGCCCGAUCCCCAGCUGCACUUUUUAGUGCUACGCUUUCAGACUCUGACCCUGGCUCUGGGUCGUAUGCCGAAUUUGGAUGCUAUAUUACCGAAGGCAUCAAGCCACCAGAAAUAA